GUGGUUUGACUGCUGUUAUCUUCACAGAUGUCCUCCAGUGUACCAUCAUGAUUUUGGGUGCCAUUGUACUGGCAAUAUUAAGCUUUGUAAAAGUUGGAGGAUACAAUGGUCUUUGGGAAAAGUUUGGAAGUGCCCACGGGACUCCUUACGCUCCUACUGUUGCACCAGUGACUAUGGCAGUCAAUAUGACAAAUGUCUCAAUGCUGGGAAAUAUGACUACUGUGAUGCCGUCCACUCGACCAGACCUGACUGGCUGCUUCAAAUUGACACCUUACUGGGGAAACAUGUUCCGUCCAAUAGACGACCCUCACUAUCCAUGGCUUGGAUUGUGGACUACUCUUCCUAUUAUGGGAGUCUGGUAGUGGUGUACAGAUCAGUGAUCAUUUCUCCAGGAAUCACUGGAUGUUAUGUCCACUAAUGAUGACAAUUAACACUUUAGGUUUUACUCUAGAACUUUAUUCCAGAUACAUGGAUGCUGCCAAGGUUUGUGAAAUGUCUUUAGAAAACUUGGUUAUAAUUUUUCAAGGGGGGUGGGCUUUGGUGGUGAUGGGCAAGGGUGGGGAAGGUGAUAAACAUUUUUUCUUUGGGGACUGGCCUGGGAUAAGAGCAUGGUCAUGUUGUGAACAAGUGGACUGGGCUCCACCUCUCUGUGAAGCACCUUCAGAAAACAGAGCUGUUGUAUUGUAUUACCUCUGGAGUUCGAGUAUUUUAUUUUUGUACUGCUCUGCUGUCUA